AUGACGAGUAACGAAAAAUAUGUUUUAAUCUACGACAUACCAAAGCACCUCCACUCAAAAUUUUUACGAAGGCUUUUCGUCGCAGCUACGGAAUCUAACGUUUUCAGAUGCUUUCACUACAGACAUUUUUCUUCCAAGUACAUGAUCUCCAAGGUAAUACAAUUUCAAAAUGAUACGAAUGUUUGCUUCAUAAAAUUAAACAGAGCAGAUUGUGUCACUCCUUUUAUUAGCAGAUAUUCUUCGGAACCUUGGAACAGCGGAGAUGGAGAAAAACUCUUUUUGAAAUUUUUAAAACUAAAAUUAAUAAAGUCAGAAAGAGAAGCAACUUCAGAGGAAGUUAAAACAAAGUUUGUAAAUGUCGACAGCAUUACAGAGAAACGUUUGAAAUCAAUACAAGACCUGAGACCGCCUAGAAUACUCAUCAACGGAAAUGUUGGAACGCCCUUAGCACAUUUCAUAGAUCUCAUACAAAAUUGUAAACUACCUCCUACGUUAUUGCCCAAGCUUGGUAUAAAAUUACAGAAUCUUUACAAAACUCGAAAAUAUGUGUCAAUACCCUGGAAUUAUGAAUGCAGUGGAAAUAAUUUCUUACCAGUUCAACUCAUUACUAACAGAAAACGUAAAACUAAAGAUAAUUUUUCAAAAGCAAAUGUUAGUGAAAAUAUAGAGGACAAAUUUUUAACAAAAAAUGAUGAUGAAGAAGCUGAAGAAUGGGAAAGAUAUGAAUCUAUUCACGAAGAUCCAUUCAAAAUGGUUCCAAAAGAAAAACAUUUUGAACAAGAGAUGGAAAUAGUUUGGGAAAAAGGAGGUCCAGGCAUAGUGUGGUACACUGACAUUAAUUAUUGGGAUCAGUUUGAAGAAAAUGAUGAAAGAGAAACAGAUGACUGGGAUGUGAAUUAUUCAGAGUUAGAAGACGAUGAAUAUAAAACUGAGAAGCACGAUAAUCUAAAAGAAAUUGAGGAAAUGGAACCAGGUUUCAGCACGUUUAAACCUAGUCAAACAAAAAAGAAAAAUAAGAAUGCUUUUGAAUUAGGACAUUUUGAAAACUUUUCAAAAAAAUUUGCUAGCAAACUUAUGAAGAAAUAUGGCUGGAAGCGAGGUGAAGGAUUAGGACCUAGUGGCAAAGGCAUGUCAGAAGCUCUGCAUUGUGAGGGUCAAUCAGGUCACAACAAAACAGGAUUUGGAUAUAGAGGAAGUAAACUUUUUGAUUUUUCUACCAACGACAGUAAAGAGAUAUCAUUUCAAAAGCAUUAG